CGUCACAGGUUUCGACUAGACACGGAAUGCGGAGGAUCACGGAACCAUUGUCGACUGGUGAAAUUUGAAAAAUUUCACCGUAAAUUGCCUGUGUUUCGCCACUUAAAAGAAAUAAGUAUGUUGAAGAUUUCCAAGCUUGACAUACACUUGCCACUGGACCUGGUUAAAACAUGUGCUGCAUUAAACGAAAGCCAGCUGUGCAAAUUUGUGGCAACAAAUACAGAAGGUGAAUUUCAACACAGUAUUGAAGUGAAAAGCAAACAAGAAAAUGUAGUUUCACUUGAACUUUCAAAUUUGGAAAUUGGAUAUGAAGAUGGGAGGUUUGUGGCUCAGAUAAUGAAAGUUUUCAAAGUUUAUCAAGGGGAUGCAGGGGGUGGAACUGAACCACCACCACCUGCAGCAAUCUCUCCACAUCAAAGACACAUGCUUCCUGACAGGCAGACUUUUUUAAACAGAAAUGAUGGUGCUACUCUUAGAAAAGGUGCUCAAGAUUCUGCUAGUCUAUAUAUUUCAGAACCAAGAAAUGUUUCUCAAGAAAAAACUAAUGACCCUGCAUUACAGGCAAUUCCCCACAUUAGUGAUCACGUUUCAUUGCCAGAUCUCACUUCUCCUUCCUCAGUAGAAUAUAGAAACACUCAUACAAAACUGACUACAUUUCACGCUGGUCGAAGACCAGAAAAAGAUGAUGUUGCACCACAAAAGACAAUUUCGCCAAGACAGUUGUACAGAAAUGUUGCUGGGAAAAAGAUCUGAGCCAAGUGCAGCUUCUGGGGCUCCAAGUGCAGCUUCAGGCUCCCCUCACGUGAUGGACCCAUCAGCUUCCAAAAGACCAAAGCUUGUGCCUGAAUCUGAUUGCUCAAAUACCCAAGAAUCAAACAGUCAUACUGACAACAUGAACACAAACCCCUUUGAUGCCAAAGAUGUGAUAAUAGAAAUUAAAAAAGAGGAAGAUGUAGUCGAACUUUCUGACAAAGACGACGGUGAAUCUCACCAAAGUUUGGGGGACCAAAGUUUAAGUCAAGAUAUUCCUCCUGGGCCAUUUAUAGCACCGGGGGUGGUGUCUUCAUUUAACACGGACAAUGAUCAAGCACAAUCCACUCCAUUCAUACAAGACUUUUUCUCUAUAGCAAAUGAAGAACAUGAAGGUGCUGGUCCCAGUCAGGCAUCAGACUCUUUAUCAUUCCCCUCAGAUCCAAAUAACUCUUUAAUUCCCAACUGGCAAUCUCCUGAUCACAGUGCUGGUGAAGGCAGCAGUUCUCAAACACAGUCUCCUGCCAAACCAAGAAAUAAGGGCAUAGGAGUAAUUGCACCCACUACAUCUUCAACUUCUGACAUCUUGGGAUUCCCACCAGCUCCCUCUACAGGCCCUACACCUGUUUCUUAUGCACUCCUGGCCCAGCCCCUUCCUACCACCCCCAGCCUGGCCCAGCAUCAUCAUACUACUACAAUGCACAGCUGUGCCUUUCUCAUGCUGGACACUGAUGGGUGUAGUGAGUGCAUCUCACUGCAGCAAAAACUGCAAGAGGCUACAAAAGCCACUGAGACACUGAGAAAAGACAACAUAAAGAAAUGUGUAGACUAUGCUGAGCUGCAGCUGAAAUAUGAACAGCUUUUGACACCCAGUGUGGACCUGAACCCAAACACAGAAAAAUAUCAGCCCAGCAGAGGACUUAGAAUUGAGCAAGCAAACUUUGUGAUAUUGGAGAGUGGACAAGAGGUUGACCCUGGCAUGACCAGACUAGAGGGGACAGACCUGGUAGUAGAAUCAGAAUGGCUUAUGGAAACACUGUCAAAAUGCACCAAUAAGCCUAGCAGCUUUGUUUUGAAGAAGUUGUUUGAUGGCUUUUUUACCCCACACGAACUUGCCUCAAAAACUGCUGUUUCCUUUUUGAAGGACUCCCCAGUGGCAAAGGCUCUACAGAUCUAUGGAAUGUCCAAAUUAGGAUUGAAUGCUAUACAAGUCAACGCAGCAAUUAAUUCUAAAAUCUCAACAUCACGCAGAUGUCUCAGGAAGUUGGAGUAACCCGUGCACGCAGUCAGAAACAGAUUGAUACUUACCUGGGAUUUAUGAAAUUUUUAAUUUUAUCUAUGGCUAUGGUGAAUAAAGUAGAUUUUAUGACUAUGA